AUGCCUCCAGGGCAGGCACUGCUUGCUUCAAAUGGUAUGCUUUGUCCACACCAGAAGUGAGUAGUUGUGCAUGCUUCCCAAGAUUGACAGGAGCCUUGCAGAUCAACUGAUAGGGCUUCCCCCUUUAUGUCUGCUAGUCUGAGAGCGUUAGUCCCAAGAGUCAGCAUGACAAGUGUUAAUCAGAGCAUCAAGUGGCUUUAGGGGGAAAAUAAGAGGAAUCUGUAAAGCAUCAUAGUUAACUAUGGAACCUUGCUAAUAUAUGCCCAUUUGGUUUUAGCAGGAGAUUCCUACAAUCAUCUACAGUAGCUUGUCUCUGUCACACAACUGGGAUUAGGCUAAAGUGUUUUCAUGUCAUUUUGUGGUUGUGUUUUGGUUGCAGGUACAACAUUGAGCCCAGCCUCUACAGUCCCUACUUCUCCCUGGGGUCUUGUAUGGAGGGCCUGAACAGCCUCUUCACCCAGCUUUAUGGAGUCACUCUCAUGUCCGAACAUCCAAGUGCAGGAGAGGUGUGGAAUGAUGAUGUCCGCAAACUGGUAAAAACCCUCCUAAAACUAUUCAAAUGUCCGAAUAGUGUUGAAGCUGUGGUUUGUUUGCUGUGGUUAUACUGUGUCUUAAUUGUGUUUCUCCUACGUUUGCUCAUUUGUUUGUGUCACUUCAUGCCCAGGCUGUAGUUCAUGAGACAGAGGGGUUGCUGGGAUACAUCUAUUGUGACUUCUUCCACAGAGUAAAUAAACCCCACCAGGUAGACAGAGCAUCACACACCACACCCACAGCACAACUGCUUUUCUUUAAAGAUGACAUGAGUUUCAGUAGAUCAAAACAAGUUUCAGUAGUUCAAAAUACCGUCAUGGCUGUUGUUUCUGGCAUGUUUAAAAUAAAAAGUCUCUAUGGCCCUGUGGCACUGAUCUUGAAACCAGCCGCAUAUAGAGUGGAUUUCAAGACAGGGCCUCAAUGAUCUCUCUCUCUGUCUCUCCCUUCCUCAGGACUGCCACUUCACCAUCCGUGGCGGGCGGCAGUUCCAGGAGAACGGGCAGUACCAGCUACCUGUAGUGGUGCUGAUGCUGAGCCUGCCCCACCCCACCAAGAGCACACCCACCCUGCUCAUGCCGGACAUGAUGGAGAACCUGGUCCACUAG